CUGUUGUUCCAUGAUACCCGCGUAUGAAUGGGUCUCUUUCGAGCCGUCUACCAGCGCAGCCGGAGCCCUGCGCCGCCCGCUUCUCCCGGCGGCAAGGAUAGCUAGAGAAGGGCCACCCGCUCGGACUUGCUGAACUAAAUUCGAAUUUGCCUUGAAUUAAAAGCGGAACUAUUGACACAUGGUACGCACCAUGGCCAAGGCAGGAGAGACUUUUGAGGAGUUUGGGGAGAGAUUUACCAGCCUGGUGAUCCAUGGGUUUGUUUCACUUUCAACAUCUCUAGGAAUUCAGUCUGGUCUGUUUGAUGCUCUUAUCAAGCUCAAGGACGAGGAGAGGACGGUCCAAGAGAUUGCUGAUACAGCUGGCCUCAAGGAAAGAUACGUAAAGGAAUGGCUUGGAGUGAUGGUGACAGCCGAUAUCGUAGACAUCAACCCAGAGACUGAGAAAUACAUUCUCCCCCCUCAUCGUAUUCCCUACUUUCAACCAGGCAGUAAAGUGUGUGAUCUUGCAGCAGUAAUCACCGCAUUGCCCAUGUUUGGUGAAAUCUACAAGAAGCUGUUAGAAUGUCUCAAAAAAGAUGGCCCACUAGGAUUAUCAUACUCUGAAUACACAGACUUUCACACCAUGAUGUCCAAGUUUAGCAGUAGAUGGUUUCAGCAACAUCUGGUUCAAGAUUUCAUACCAUCUAUGCCUCAAGUAGAAGAAAGAAUGAAGUCUGGGAUCCGAGUACUAGAUUUGGGUUGCGGGAGAGGACUAGCCUCCCUUGCCCUUGCGCAGAACUAUCCAAAUAGCACCAUCAUUGGACUAGACUUCUCAAAGGAGGCCACAGACUAUGCCAGGGAGUUGGCCAAGGAACAGGGUCUUGCAAACGUCGAGUUCGUCUGUGAGGAUGCAGCAUGUAUACCUGACUCUUGGAACGAGACCAUUGAUUACAUCUUCACGUAUGAUGUCAUCCAUGACCUUGGUCACGCGGAUAAGGUAUUAUUAGCUCUGGGACGCAUCCUCAAACCUGACGGAGUCUUCUCCAUGAUAGAUCCCGACUGCAACACCAAGCAAUCAAGGAAUGCUUCCAACGAGUAUUUCUCUAGGUUAUACACCAUGAGUCUCUUCCAUUGCCUGCCAAUAUCGCUCUUCUCUGAGGGCAGUGUGGGACUAGGAACCUGUUGGGGACGAGACAAAGCCACCCAGUUUCUCAAGGCAGCUGGGUUUAGGGUGGAUUCGAUCACAAACCCUGCAGGAACUAACCAGGCACAUUACAUGUGUACAAAACAAGUAUAAGGUUUAGAUUUUUUGCUUUCAAUAUGGAAGUAAAGUUGAUUUAUUUUGAUUGCUGUCUGCCAAAUAUGAUCUUGUCUUUAUAAACUUUAUGAUCUAUGCUAUCAUUGUGAGUGGCAAAAUUUUAAAUUAAGGCUGAAUCAUGAGAGUAAUUUGUCUUUCCAAAGGCUUAUUGAAUGUUAUCAGUCAUAAACCAGUACUAGUAUCCUGAUUUAUCAAUGUUAUGAUUUUAAAAAUCAUGAAUUCUCAUAUCUUUCCUACAAUUGAUAGGCAC